AUGGAAGGUCUCAUCCCCUUCGUAUACAGGGCCAUAGUGCAGUACAAGAACAGCGGGCAGCCGACGGCGUGGCUCGGGGACUCGCCGUCCGGGAGCUACAUGCGGCUUCCAGGAGAUUCGGGCAGACUCCGCGCAGUAAACCACGAAUUCCAGUUCCUCUCGUCGCCGCCGCGGAGGGCUCCGGUCGCCACCGCUCCGCCGCCGGCGCAGUCUCCCCUCCGCCGAACCACCUCUCGCCGCCCUGUUUAA